UCAGCUAACCGUGCAGCAGAAGACUCAUCGGGAGUUCUGGACACGUCGCGGGCAAAGACAGAGGUUUUCCUCGCAACCGCAAUCGUGCGGGUAGAAGAUCGUGACGGGACGAAUCACUUCGCGCGCGUGGUGUUAGAUAGUUGUUCUCAGUGCAAUUUUAUAUCGGAAGCGGUCGCCACCAAGUUACGAUUACGGCGGACCAAGACAAAUACGGAAGUCGCGGGAAUCGGUCCGGGUAAAGUGCGUGUUACGGAAUCGGUCACUGUGAAGCUUCGCUCGCGGACUCGCGCUUUCGAAACGUCGGUCGUUUGCCUCAUUAUUGCCAAAAUUCCGGCAAUUUUACCGAGCCAGAAUAUCGAUAUUCGCGACUGGCAGGUUCCGCGUGACGAAACUGUGUUUGGACAUAUCGUGUCAGGGAUGUACGCGGGGCGUGGAGCAAACCCAUCGCUGUGCAUAAUCAGCAGUGCCAGCGGGCUGGAUGCCAUCCUAGAGCGAUUCUGGCAAGUGGACGACUUUGACCGCGGUCGAGCGCUGUCGCUAGACGAUAGGUGGUGUGAGGAUCACUUUAAUCGCACGGUUUCGCGUCGGGAUGACGGGCGUUACGUGGUACGGUUACCAAUCCGCGAAGAUCGAAGACCUUUUCUCGGUGACUCGUAUAAUCUAGCCCAGCGUCGGUUCCUGGCUAACGAGCGCAGAUUUGGAUACGACCAGCAGCUUCGCGACGACUACCUGCGAUUUAUGGACGAAUAUGCUGAACUCGGACACUUGGAACCGGGCUUACGCACAGGUAAAGAAGAAUUUUAUUUGCCUCAUCACGCCAUUCGGCGACCGGAUAGUACAACUACUAAAACUCGCGUCGUUUUUGAUGCAUCCGUUAAAGGUUGCAAUCAACUAUCAUUGAAUGAAAUACUGCACUCGGGCCCGACAGUUCAGCCUACACUAUUGUCGACUGUUUUGAAUUUUAGAUUGCCAAAAUAUGUUUUUAUUGCCGACAUUGAAAAAAUGUUCAGGCAAAUUUGGAUUCAUCCAGAAGAUCGAAAAUUGCUAAAAAUUGUUUGGCGUACAAAUAUGCAAUCACCUUUGGAAACUUAUCAGUUAAAAACGGUCACGAAAUGCGUACCGUCCAAGAUUUUUGGAAACGAUGGACUCGGGAUUACGUUCAUCAUUUGCAUCAACGUCCAAAAUGGCACCAAGGCACUCGAAACCCUCAGGUCGGCGAAGACGGCAGGUGCAGGGUGGUCGACGUCCGCACCACAAGGAACUUACCGGCGUGCCGCAGCAGAAGUAUGCCUGCUGCCAAUCGAAACCGAGAGCAGCAAAUUAGAAAACCCAGCCCAGCACCAGAUGCAGCUCCCGACAAGCCAGCCCGAACUGUAA